AUGGUCAUCGUGUGGAGCGGGGAAGAGCAAGGCGCUGUGGACCUUGCUCAUCCCGCCGCGGACAUCUGGGCGGACGAUGGCGCCUUCUACAUCACGGAUGUUCACGGUGAGGCCGCAGAGACGAUUGUCGAAGGCUGGUCGGAGGAGGCAUCGGAAGAGGAGGAGUCGGAAGAGGAGGGGUCAGAGGAGGAGGAGGAGACCGAAGAAGAGGAGUCGGAUGAGGAGACGGAAGAGACCCGGGAGGAGGAGGAGGAGACGCAAGAGGCGGAGAUGCAAAGGGAGCAGUCGGAGAAGGAGGCUACGUUCCAGCGUGUCAGCAUCCGCGACCAAAUCGUGCGCCGCUCUGCUGCGAUUGCGGCGAGGGUUGCUGCCGCCAUCGAGGUCGUAGAGCAGGGAGUGGAUAUGCAGUCCUUUGUGCUGGUCUCAGGGCCAGCGCCGGAGUCGGUCAGCGAGAGGGCCCUGGAGGACAGCGCUGAGCUUCACAGCUCCGAUGGCCAAGACUCGCACUCCUCCUCCUCCACGUCGGACGAGGUUGUGGAAGACGAAAGCGCGCAAGUGUCGGGGGUGGAGAAUUCCAAGGCAACGCUGUCAGAGAGCCGAGCCGCGGCGGAGUCGAUGCUUCAGGCUGUGAUCGUGGCCAAAUCUGCGGCGGCGAAGAGUGAGGAGGCGCCGAGCGACAUGGAGUCCAGCCUCGGCAAGGCUGCUGCCGAAAAGGCGGAGCUGGCGGCCGCCUUGAGCGGCACCUGGCAGAUCCUCAAGGUCGGCGAGUGGACGGACUCCCCACAUUCGCACAUCGAGGCCAUCCAGCCCCUGCUGAGCAAGCUGAGCUUGGACGAGUCGAUGAAGGCGGCGCAGAGAAGCGUCCUCACGAAGAAGCCAUGUGAUCGUGACGGCUUCGACUGCACCCGGGUCCUUGUUAGCACUGUCAUGGACCAGCUCGACAAGUGCUUCCAGGCCAAGAUCGAAGAACUCGCACGCUUCUUGGAGUUUGGCAAGAGCCAAAGCGAGGCCAAGGCUGCGCAAGUGGCGCAGGACGCCGCCGCUCGCGAGGCUGCGGAGCUGCAGCAGAAGGCGAGCUCCAAGGAUCCUGCGAGUCGUGGGAAAGGGAAUCAGCAGCGCCAGUGGUGGCUGCUGAGGUGCCCUGAGGGCCGGGAAAUGAAGUUCCGUGAGUGGAGCAGAAGCACCGGCGCCACCACCUUGCAAAAGGGGCUGCUCAUGCAGGAUCCUGAAUGGUUGGCUGCCAGUGCGUCGCCACUUCCCGAGUCCAUCAGCCCCCUCGGCAGCGCGUGUCAUCAAGCCCAGGGCACGUAA